GGCCGGAAGCGGAAGCAGAAUGUUGUCUAAGUGAAGAGUCCGGAAUCUGCGCGCGUCUGGAGUAGUGCUAUGGAGGGACCUGGACUUAGGGAGCCGAUGCUGGAUGCUAAAUCCGAGGUUACCAGCCAGCUUAUAGAUUUUCAGUGGAAACUGGGUAUGGCUGUGAGCUCGGACAGUUGCAGAUCUCUUAAAUAUCCUUAUGUUGCAGUGAUGCUAAAAGUGGCAGAUCAUUCAGGUCAAGUAAAGAACAAAUCUUUUGAAAUGACAAUUCCACAGUUUCAGAAUUUCUACAGACAGUUCAAGGAAAUUGCUGCUAUUAUUGAAACUGUAUGAAAACUGAUUAUUUGUAUUGAUAAAUUGUUACCAUCAUUUUGAAAUAAUGGACUUUACCUUGUGCGAAAGAACUGCUCUUUUAUUUUUCCAUGUUUUAAAAGUAAUUAAAAAAUAAGUAGGGGUUAGUGGUGAUUGAUGCACAAUCCUGUGAACGUACUAGAAGUGACUGAAUUGAGCAACUUUAAAUGGUAGAUUUUUGUAUGUGAAUUAUGUCCUAAUUUAAAAAAAAUCAGAUAAUUGAGUGAUACUGAAGACAAUUCAGUGUUAUCUAUUUAUUAGUACAAUAGCUUGAAAACUUACUGGUAAUGGAACCCACUUAUAAACAAGAUUUUAUACAGUCCUAAAUAUAUGUCAGAAAAAUAAUUUUUGAUUGCAGUCACUACAAAUGUAACAUUCACUUCUAAGGCAAUUAGUGAGAAGACUCUUUUUCUCAAACAUUUGGAGUCUGCUUAAGAUUGACCAUUUCUCUUAUAUUACCCUAACAGUGGCUCCUACUAAUUGUGGAAAUCCACUGCUAGUAAUCUCUGGUGUUUGCAGCCUGAAGCAGAACGUCAUUUGGAAGCCCCUGUACACACUCUGUUUGCCAUCUUUCAUGUCUCUGGAGCAUGCACUCUGAGAUAAAUACAGCUUAACUCUUUCCACCUUUCUAAAUUUCACAUGAGUGUUUCACAUUGGUGGAAUAUCCUUUUUCCACUGUAGGAUCCCACCUAGGACACCACAUUGCAUCUUCUUAAGUUUUUCUUGGCUGUGUCAGUUUCUCAGGCUUUUCUUAUCUUUUGAUAACCCAAUUCUGAUGAGUACUGAGUAGCUGUAUUAUAGGAUACCCUCAAUUGGAAUUGUUAUUUUUCUAGAUUGGGGGUAUGGAGCUUGGGGAGGAAGAUCACAGAGGUAAAGUGCCAUUUUAUGUACAUUCUCUCAAGGUUUCAAUCUUACAGAUUUAUAGUUUAGACCUAAAAUGUCCCCAAACUUCUCUUGUGAAGAAGGUCUUUGGAUCAUGGAGGCACAGUACUCAUUAGUAGACUCUCCCAUUGAUGAAGAGCUAAAUGUGCUGUUAAAGUAGAGGUGGGGGCCCUGACUAGUCUCUUUCCCUUUCAUCCCUGCUUCCUGGCUGCCAUGAUGUGAGCUUGUUCUCCUCGGAACCUUCCACCACGCUGUUUCUGCCUUAGAGCCAGUCGACCAUGGACUGAAAUGUCUGAAACUGAGCCAGAAUAAACCUCACCUUUAAGUUGUGGGUGUGGAGUAUUUUGUCUCAGCAAGGAGAAAGUGACUAAGAGUUACAUAGUAGCAAUGUGAUUUCUAACUGCGCUGACAUUGAUAACCUCUCAGAAAUAUUUCUCAGGUCUCCACUGUAUAAUCAUUCUUCUUUGUCAAUACAAUGUUGGAUAUAUGUGUCUGCAUGUACAAACUUACUUAAAAAUAAAGAAUGAGAAGGGCCGGGGAUUUAGCUCAGUAGUUCUGCUGCCUACCUUGCCAGCGCAAGG